GAAAGUUGUGUAAAAUAAUAAAGAGGCCGACGCGGAAUACGCGCAGUCAGCUCCGUGCCGAAACCCUCCUCCUCUUCCUCUCUGCCUUUCUUCCGCUCCACGCCGCCCUCCGCCGCCGCCGCCAUGGCUGAUCCGCGGCUGUUCUCGUCGGGAUCCGGCACCCGCGACGACCGGACGGACGCCUCCGGCAGGCGGCUGUACAACCCCUACCAGGACCUGAAUAUCCCCUACAAGCAGCUCUACGACCUCCCCACCUCCCCGGAGUUCCUCUUCCAGGAGGAGUCGCUCGCCCAGCGCCGCUCCUGGGGCGAGAACCUCACCUACUACACCGGCAUAGGCUACCUCUCGGGCGCCGUCGCCGGCGCCGCCGUCGGCCUCCGCGACGCCGCGCGCAACGCCGAGCCCGGGGACACCGCCAAGAUCCGGGCGAACCGCGUCCUCAACUCGUGCGGCAGCAACGGCCGCCGCAUGGGGAACACGCUCGGGGUCAUCGGCCUGCUCUACGCCGGGAUCGAGAGCGGCAUGGUCGCCGUCCGCGACCGCGACGACUGGAUCAACAGCGUCACCGCGGGGCUCGGCACCGGCGCGCUCUUCCGCGCCGCCAACGGGCCGCGCUCCGCCGCCGUCGCGGGCGCCAUCGGUGGGGUCCUCGCCGGCGCCGCCAUGGCAGGCAAGCAGGCGGCGAAGAGAUAUGUGCCUGCCCUCUGAUUCGUCCGCACGGUAUUCUCUCUGCUGUGAUAAGAAAUGGUCGAAUCAAUUGGUCGCCAAAAGGAAUGUCAUUUCUUCGUUUUGCUCUCCUGGUUAAUUUAUUAUUGGAGAAGGGUUUUCUUCUCGACAUUAUAUUUUAGCGUUAUGUUACAUGUAAUCGAUAUGAUCGGAUCAGAUCACUAAAUUUUUGGCCUAUGUUGCAAUGUAACGUCUUCUCGAGUAGCUAGUUAGCUGGUACCAACACAAUAAUACAUACUUUUACGUUAUGCUGAUGGUGAGUCCGUGACAAUGUGAAAUGUAAUGUUCAUUGUAGUGUAGUUUUCCUAGAUUAUUAUGGUGUGUGUUUCACUUGCGAUGAAACAAUAUGCCAUAAAAGAGUAGGCUAAUGUUUGCACAUUUCUAAUCUAUCUAUGGAUGCCAUCCUCAUUAUGUGCUGCGAUUUACAUUCUA